GCCGUAGAGCGCGCACUGCUCCAUGCGUGUGGGAAUGCGCUUGUGUGUGAUACCAUGGACGUUGCGAAGUAUGUAUGUUGGGAGCGGGGGCAGGAGGUGAAAGCUGUUACAUUGGAGGGCACCGUUAUCCAUAAGAGUGGGCUUAUUACUGGUGGGCGCAGUACGCAUGGGGGAGGAAAGAAGUGGGAGGAGAAGGACGUGCAAGCUUCAGGAAUUGAAUCGCUCGAAACCGAGGGGCAAGGCAGACGAAAACGUCAUCGCUGAAAUCACACGACUAGAGAGUGCUAUUGCUGUUGUAAGAGACGAUCUGAGCGCCUGCAAUUCCCGGUACAGCGGCAUCAAAGAGGAGCUAAAGCACGUCGAGCGGGAACUGAAGAAGCUCUCUCCCGAGCUCAAAAAGGCUCAAAUUUCACACUCAAAACUCUCUUCGCAAAUCGCAGAACUCCAAUCUGCGAUUGACUCGGCUGAAGACGGUGUAUUUGCCUCGUUUUGCUCCCAGAUAGGCAUCAAAAAUGUUCGAGAGUAUGAGGAGCGUCAGUUGAAAGUCGCCGAAGAGGAGAGCCAAGCGCGACUUAGAUUCGAUCAGCAGGUUGCGAGGCUAACGCACCAGUCUCAGUUUGAAGAGGAGCAGUUGAAGUUGACACAGUCACGUCUGGUAACGCUGCGGAACGCGGCUGAUGACGAGCAACGGAAAGUGGCGGAGCUAGAAGAAAAGAAGCGGACCAUUCAAGUUGAGAUCACGGAAGCUCAGGAGGGCAUCGCACAGCUUAGAGAAAUGCUGCAAGACCUUAACGACGUACUCGAAGAGAAGAACAAGCAUGUUGACCAAGCCAAAAAGACGCACACGAAAGCUGCCAAGAUACUUGACCAGGCUCUCAAAGAAAUUGGUCUCAAGAACGACGAGAUUGAGAAGCUGGCACUAGAACGAUCUGCGACUUACAGAAAAUGCAGGCUCGAGGACAUCGAGUUACCUCUACUAGAAGGAAAUCUGAAGAACGUCCCAAUGGAAGAGAACCUUCGGGAGGAGGUAGCGAUGGACAUUGAUGAUGAUGAUGAUGGAACCCAACAACCACGACAAGCGCAAGAUUAUGGGAUCGAGGUCGACUUUGACUCUUUGACUGAGGAGGAGCGUGCGGAUAAUUCUCCUGAGACUACCGCCGAGUUCGAUGCACAAAUUGCGAAACUCAACGGAGAGAUUGAGAGAAUGGCACCCAACUUGAAGGCUAUCGAAAAGCUGGACGAUGUCGAGGCCAAGCUUGCAGACACAGAGAAAGAAGCUGAUAAAGCACGGAAAGACUCAAAAAACGCGCGCGAUCAGUUCAACGAUGUCAAGCGAAAAAGAUGCGAGUUAUUCAACAAGGCGUACAACCACAUUUCAGAUUGUAUUGAUCAGGUCUAUAAAGACCUCACUAAGGGGAAGGCGUCGCCGAUGGGAGGCGUCGCAUAUCUUAGUUUAGAGGAUAGUGAGGAACCCUAUAAUGCCGGUAUCAAAUAUCAUGCCAUGCCCCCGAUGAAGCGAUUCCGCGACAUGGAACAACUCUCGGGCGGGGAGAAGACCGUGGCUGCUUUGGCUCUCCUUUUCGCAAUACACAGUUAUCAACCUGCGCCGUUCUUUGUCCUUGAUGAGGUGGACGCUGCUCUGGACAAUACCAAUGUUGCCAAGAUCGCCAACUAUAUCCGGAGCCAGGCGUCCGACUCCUUCCAGUUCAUCGUCAUUAGCUUGAAGGGCUCCUUGUAUGAGCGUGGUAAUUCCCUUGUUGGAAUCUAUCGUGAUCAAGACGUAAACAGCUCUCGUACGCUGACGUUGGAUCUGACUCAAUACGAUGAAUAAUGGAGUUUUUAUCGCUAUUUUGCUAUCGUGAGCUGCAUACGUGUUUACCUGUAGAUGUUUUUUUAGCUGCAUUUGGCCCAUCGAUAAUUUGUUCAAAGUAACUUCGUAAUUUUAGCUGGGCUUGAAGGACGAUUCGAAUGGCCGGAGUCGUGUUGUCGGGCCAAAGGUCAUCAGUUCGUCCCUGGCGAAACUAUCCUCACACCAUGAUCCUUUACCGGGAGGUGCAGGCUAGGGCAACUAGCAGGCUACCAACCAUCACUACUGCAUGUUGAUGCAAAUCAUCUACAAGCUGCGGAUAAUGUUACACUCGCUAUUUUCGGUGACCAUUC